UCAUGGCUCUGGUGUGUGUGGAGGACUUUGAGAAGAAGGCCGCUGGUCAGUUGGAGAAGAAUGCUUUGGACUACUACCGCAGUGGAGCCGGUGAGCAGUUCACCUUGGCACUGAACCGCGAGGCAUUCCGCCGGCUGCGUCUGCGUCCGCGUUGCCUGAGAGAUGUCUCCCACUUGGACGUCAGCUGCAAGAUCUUCGGGGAGCAGAUGAAGUGGCCACUGGGCAUUGCCCCCACUGCGAUGCAGAAAAUGGCACAUCCGGAUGGCGAGAUCGGAAAUGCCAGGGCGGCCGGAAAAGCUGGCUCCAUCUUUAUACUCAGCACCCUGUCUACCACUUCGCUGGAGGAUCUGGCUGUCGGUGCGCCGGACACCGUGAAGUGGUUUCAGCUUUACAUCUACAAGGAUCGUACCAUAACAGAAAAUCUUGUGCGCCGCGCCGAGAAGGCCAACUUCAAAGCCCUCGUCCUGACCAUCGAUGCCCCCAUCUUUGGACACCGUCGUGCCGAUGUGCGCAACAACUUUAGCCUGCCAUCGCACCUGACCCUGGCCAAUUUCCAGGGCGUAAAGGCCACCGGAGUGGGUAGCGCCACCAUGGGCGCCUCUGGCAUUAAUGAGUAUGUUUCCAGCCAGUUCGAUCCCACCAUCACCUGGAAGGAUAUUGCCUGGCUAAAGAGCAUUACCCAGCUACCCAUUGUGGUGAAGGGUGUGCUGACUGCCGAGGAUGCCGUGUUGGCCAGGGAGUUUGGAUGCGCCGGACUCAUUGUGUCCAACCACGGAGCACGGCAGAUCGACACGGUUCCGGCCUCGAUCGAAGCUCUGCCGGAGAUUGUGAAAGCCGUGGGUGAGGAUCUGGUGGUUAUGCUGGACGGAGGCAUCAUGCAGGGCAACGACAUCUUCAAGGCCCUGGCUCUGGGAGCAAAGACCGUAUUCGUGGGUCGUCCGGCUGUCUGGGCUCUGGCCUACAAUGGCGAGAAGGGCGUGGAGGAGAUGCUGAAAGUGCUGAAGAAGGAUUUCGAGAUCACAAUGGCGCUGAUAGGUUGCCAAACUCUCAAGGACAUCCAAUCCUCAAUGGUUGUUCAUGAGUGGCAAUAUGCCAAGCUAUAAACAUAUACUUUAUAGUUCUUAUCGUUAAAACACAAUAAAGUCUUCAAUAAAGAUAAAC